AUGGGUCCGACCAAUCCGUCUCUAGCCUUCAAAUGGUGGGCGCUUUGCGGAAAAAGAAUUUCCAAAAUCCUCGCAAAUGUUCAGGGACAAGCAGAUGGAAGAGGCGACACAUUGGUGCAAUCAAGUGGUGGAGCGGUCAUGUCAAAUUUUGGAUUCAAUAGUCCUUACAGCAGUGACAAGACAGUCGCAACAGCUGGAGCCACAGGCUCAAUUCAGUCAAUGGCAAGUAUUCUUACAAGACAGGAACUGACUUGGGAGAACAUUUUAGUGCAAGUGCUUGGAUCGGCAGAAGCUGCUGGUAUAGGUCAUGCACAAGCGAAUCUCGACCUAGGUGCUGGAAACGCAAAUAAUGGUAUCGAAAUCAACGGGCUUAUGUCGGGAGUAAACGCUGGUGGUGGUAUUGUUAAUGCCGAGGUCAAAGGAAACGGACAAAUGGAUGGAGCCGAACACAAUCUGAACGUGGCAAUGGGAGGAAGCGUGAAUGGUACAAGCGGUAACAGCACCCUAGUUGGAGCCACAAAUAUUCAAAGCAACACUACGAAUAGAAAUACGAGUAUGUUUGGCUUAAAAACGAUUUCGCGCAAAAACUGA